AUGUGCCACGUGUGCGAGCGCCUGCGUGCCUUCGACGAGGCCGAGGCGAACCGCCGGACGACGCGCUUCGGCUCCCUGAAUCUGUGGAAUCUGUGGAAGCACCUCCUGCCCUCCCUGAAGCUCCUUCUCCCUGUGUUGGCGCUGGGGUGUGCUGCGGGCGGCCUUGUGGCGGCCCUGUUCAUCCCUGGCUCGACCCUCAUGCUUGUCGGCGUCUAUUUGGCGCUCGAUGUGCGGGCGUACCUGCGAUUCCGCCAGCGGCGGAGAGAUCUGCAGGAGAUGGAGCACUACCGCUCCCCCCACCUGGACGAACACUUCAGGCCGUACCUGGAGAAGCAACUGCUCGACCAGCCGCCUGAGGACCUCUACAGGUGCGCCGACUCGACUCACGGUGCCGUCUUGUGCUAGGUCUUCCUUCAUGCCUUCUCUCGCUCUGGGUGUGUGUGCAGUUUUCUCUUCUACGCGUUUUUUGGCCAAGCGCCGGAGACCAUAUCGGUGCAGCAGUUGGUGGAUUGGUUCGAUUGCCACACCCCGCGCGACGUCAAGCACACCAAGGACAUCAUCCCGGCGGUGGAGGCCAAGCUGGGCUUCAAGUUCCCCGACCACGUGCGGGAGAUCCCCGAUAUCACGCCACACAACUACUGCCCCCGCACACACGGCUUCCGGUACACAUGGAUGGCCACACACACACACUUCCGCAACGACCUGCCUGGCUCACUUGUCGGUCUGUCUGUUUGUCUGAUGACAGGUACGGGGAGACUCGGAUGGAGGCCUUCUACCGCCCUCUGGUGCUGGUGCUUGCGGUGCGGCUGGUGAGCCUGACGUGCCGUUUGGUGCUGCAGGCUGUCGGGUGGCGACUACGGUCCCCCCGUGGCGACUACAUGAUGGAGUAUUUCGUCUACGACCCGCGGUCAGCCGCCGACAAGGCCGCCGGCAAGACGAUGGAUCCCCCGCCUGUACUGCUCGUGCACGGUAAGCAAGAUGGCGAGAACAACCGGCAGCGAGAGCGGCCUUCCUGACGUGUCUGACCUUUUGAUAGGCUUCGGUUUGGGCGUGAUUUAUUAUUUCCCCCUGCUGAUGUCGCUGUGGUUCCAGUCGUCGCCCCUCUGCCAGUGGAUCAGCUGGGGCAUUUUCUUCAAGAAGCGUGAGGCCCCAUCGCCGCUGCGCCCGAUGGUCUUUGUCGAGAUGCAGUGGAUCGGCCUCUACCCCCACGGCGACUUCGACCUCGCCCGCUGCCCCACCAUGAUGCAGUCCGUCGAGGAGAUGGUGGCAUUCCUUGAGCAUGAGAAGCUCGUCAGCAGCGAAGCCGUCAUCCGAAUGGAGACGGCGUGGGCACAGCGGCAUGGCAAGGGCGCCCAGGUGC